CCUUUUCAUUUCCACCACUCUAAUUCUUUUUUUCUUUUCUUUUCCAAAAUGCAAAUGAGUUCAAUAUCUCCAAGUUUCACUAGCCAUUCUUCCAACAACCUAGCGGAUAUUGCCGCUAGAGUUGUUGAAGAAUUUCGUAUCGAAAAUGGUCAUGACGACCAACUUGAUGAUAUCUUUAGUAACGAUUUUUAUGAUGAUAUUAGUCUUAUCACGGAAAAACAAACACAACAUGAAAACGAACACAAAAAAGACCAAGAAGAAGAAGAAAAAGAGUUUGAAUUUGCGGUUAUUUGUAACAAUAGUUCAAGUUUAUCUCCAUUAUCACCAAUUUCGGCUGAUGAAAUAUUUUUUAAUGGGGAGAUAGUUCCACGGUACCCUUUGUUUGACCAAAGUUUGUUAUUAGAUAGCAAAAAUGAUAUAAUUGCGUCUAAUAAUGAAACAAAAUUAGUUGGUUUGAAACAUUCGCCUAAGGAUGUAAGGCGACAACCUUUGAGCAUGUUUUUUAAUGAAGAUCGAGAUUGUAAUAAUAGUACGGUUUCUUGUUCUUCUUCUGAAUCGGAUGAUUUAGACGGAGCUGCUCCAGGGACGUAUUGUAUUUGGAAACCAAAAGAAGAGUUAUUGUUAGAAGAAGAAAAGUGCAAAAAAAGUAAUUCGACUGGGAAUUCUUCGAAAAGAUGGAAGUUGAGAAACUUGCUUAGCCGGAGUCAUAGUGACAGGAAUUUUAGUAAAGAUGAUGCGGCGUCAAUUGUUGUUUUUAGUCCGAAAAAAGGAGGUGAAAAGAUGAAAUUUGAGAAAUCGGCAAAAGUCGCCGGAGCUGAAGAUGAUGAUGAUGAAAUAGAGUUGCCGGCAAAGACGGUGGUAGAUGAAAAAAUCAAAUCGAAAAAAGAAGGUAAUCGUAUUCGAUCAUUUGUUUCAUUUAAAGAAAUGAGAUUCUGAUGAUUAAUUAGGGUGUGUUAAGAAAUGUGACUUUUAUUAUAAGGUUUUAAGAUCUAUAGUUUUUUUUUUUUUGAUUUGUAUAUAAACAUGUAUGUAUGUAUCUAUUUUUGAUCAAAUUGAUAUGGAGUGUUUUUGGUUGGAAAAACUUGUUGGAAAUAUUGUAACCGGAGAAUUGCCCGGCGACGGUGUGAAUGGGUGGUGGGGCUAGUAAUGCUUUAUUGGAAAAGUAAAAGGGGGUAAAGUGGGAGUUAAGAAAAGUUAAAGGGGUUUGAGGAUUGCGGAGCGUAGGAAAGAGGUGUGGAACUGUGGGGUAGUUGUGAUCACACUAUAUUUGUGUGGGGGGCAAGUAUGUCUUUUUUUUUUUUUUUUUUUUGUGCGUAUUGGUUAAUGAGCUACAAAUGUGGAUUUCAUUUGAGUUUCUACAAUGUGUAAUUAGUGAUUUCGUAUUUAUGAAAGUUCCUUCCACUA